AUGCAGACUUGGGAGCACGCUUUUCUCUGCACCUGCGUAUUUUAUGCUCUUGGGGUUGAAGCAGUCUUGCCAGCUACUCCAGCCACUGACACUUUAUUCGGUCUAAACAUCAUUAAUGAUACACACAUCCUCCCCCUCGCAUUCGACCACGAUGGAUUCCACUUUUCCGGCGAGGUAGACACUAGCGUUGAAACUUACAAUUGGGAUGAAGGAGACUACGAGACCACCGGAGAAUGCAUGAACAUCUUCUCUGGCAUCGUCACAGAUCAUGAAGAUCUCGCCCAGGUCGUUCCUGUUGACUUCAAAAAAACAGGCUUUCAGACAUACAUUAAGAUGACCAUAGAUGUUAUCGAACAAGGGGUACCACCUUUAACAUGGGGGGAGCUGCGACACCUGCUUGACACAAAUUGGCCCCUAUAUUACAUGCCUGUGUAUGAUGAGCAUCCAUUCUGGUUCAACGUUACUAACGACGCCGGCGUAUUCCUAAGACUGACUUUCGAUCGAAUGCCGGUCACGAAUGCGGACAUUACGGCCGGUGAUGUUGGUGUCCAUGCAAAACUAUAUCAUGAGAACGCCCUGAAUCCCGCAGAUGUGCAAUCAGUUUUAGAUCAGGCCAUCGCGGCAUGGAGCCAUCAACUCGAUGUGAGGGUUAGUGAGGAUGUGGUUCUGACUUUCACUAGUAAUGACGUUACGAUGCUUAUCCAGGGAGAGCACAAUGGAGAGCCACGGGGAUGGAAUUAUGGGAAGUUUUCUGACGGUCUAAGGGAGCUUAGUAAAUAUUACCGCGAUACAGGGGAGUACUGUUCGUUUUGGUCGUGGAUUGGUUAUCAAGACCAGAGUCAGGCAGGGGGCGUUACGACGUUGGAUAUCUGGGGCUAA